UAUCGGAAGUCACAUUUUUGAGCCAGUUGACAGUCCUGAUCGGUCUUAUUAACUUUUGUGUGCAAAUUCCUUCGUUCAAAAUUUCCUUUUAUUAAUUCUUUUAAAGUUUAAAGUUUUAAAUUCGUUUGUUUGCCACUAUAACACUUUGAUAACAUUUAUUAAGAAGAAAAAAGUCUAUUAUACUACGCGGAAAAGCAGUACUGUACCCUUUACCUUUUCCACCUGCACGCAUGUGCUUUUUGUCCUAAAAAUCGUCACAUAAUAAAGAGAAUCCAACCUGGAAUCGAAAUGGAGGAAAACGUUUUCCAGAAUACCAAGGAUUCGCUCUUGCGCAAAGCCCUGCUUCCCCUGAACCAAAGCGACUUGGAUGACUUGCCCAGCACGAGCAAGGGUGUCACAUCCGCAUCCGUUUUAGCAUCCUUAACCGGAAUCAAAAGCUUCGAAGAGGCCGAAGAUUCGCUGCAGUGGUUUGAUUGGGAGGAACCGGAAUUUUCCGGCUGGUCCAAUCCCACCAAACGGUCUGCCAGCAAACGAACGAUGUCCAUUAAGACCGAUCCGGCCUACUCUCCAAAAGCUAAGCUAGACACAGCGCAUCCGCGUAUGAUGACUAGAAGUCUGCUGAAAAGAGAUCGGGCAAUGCUUUUGAGUGAGACUGCGACUGGAAGUGGAGCAAAGGAGGAUCAGAAGCCCAAGCCAAAGGUAGUCACUUCUCUCAGGCGAUUCAAGACCAGCCAGAGGAUAACGCCGACUGUCUGGCACUCGGGCAAUGUCUGUCAUCAUGCCCUAAGGCAGAUCUGCGAUCCGGAAACCAGACAGAGUGCUGAAAAUGACGUAGAGCGUUGGCGGGCCAUCGAGGCCAUUUGCUUGGAUCUGCGAGGCAUCAAUGUGAGGGGCGACGUGGGUGUUUUAAAGGGUCCUGUUUCCUUUGAGGAUGUCUUUCAAGUGCUGGGACUCGAUGAGCAGGGCGAGCCUGUGGUGGAGCCAUCACCCUCGCCAGAAAUUAAGGUGGUUUCUUCUGAAGAUGAAAUAGAAGUGGUUUCACCCAGUGUAUCACGCAAUAUUGAUAAUGCAUUGCUGCCGCCAUUGACACCGAUCCAGGGAGGCAUAUAUCCUGCCAGAGAACUCAGGGAAAGGGUAUUAAAAUUGGAAACGAAAUCGGUGGCCAAGAGUUCCAGGCGUAGCCAGAAGAGGACUACCAAAUCUACCCGGAAUAGGCGUUGAGCGGAGAAGAAAAUUUAAAGAAGCACAGAAGUUCAUUAAGCAAGAUCUCUUUUAUUUUUUAAAAUAGUUUAUAAAGUUAUUUUUUGAGGAAGUUAAAAGUUUGUCACAACUUUGAAGAAAAGUUUAAAGUUUGAAGUAUUUCAAUGUUUCUGUUAAUCAUUGCAUUUUAAAUAUUGAA